AGUGCUCUUAAGCCAGUGUUGUUAUAGCAGUGUGCAUUCUGUUAAGCGAAGAGUUAACAAUUCAGAGUGUUGUCCUUCCUCCUUCUUGCUGCAAAGUGAAACACUUUGAAACAAGUGAAAUAAGUUUAGAUAAUAUGAUGUUUAGAUAUUCAGGUCCUAAUCUACUAAUGGCAGGACGUCUAGCUCUGCGUUCAGCUGAGGCAACGGCUUUUCGGGUCCUCCUUAGGUCCACCACAGCCAAUCUGGAUUUAAAGAGAAGUGCAGGUGGAAAUGCUCCAGCUUCUGUCCCUCCUGGGAACAUCAGAACUGAGGCUGACCUCCCUGAGAUCACUCUUCCCACAAUACUGUACUGGAUGAUCUUUAAAGGGUACCACAAUCGCAUGCAUGAGCUGCAGUUGUAUGAAAAGCAGCUUUAUGGCCCCAUGUUUAAAGUAAAAAGUGGCAACUUUCAUUCAAUUGCACUGAAUAGUGUGGAGCUGCUGGAGGAGUUGAUGAGGAAAGAUGACAAAUUCCCUAGCAGAGGAGACAUGACUCUCUGGACUGAAUACCGAGAUAUGAAUGGUUUGGGCUAUGGUCCUGCCACUGAAGAAGGAGAGAAAUGGUACAAACUCCGAUCUGUGCUGAACAAGCGUAUGCUGCAUCCGAAGGACUCUGUGAAGUAUGACAAUGUAGUUAAUGAAGUGGUCACAGAUUUUAUCAAACGGAUAUGCCAUCUACGCACGAUGAGCUCCACUGGAGACCUGGUACCCAACAUGUCCAAUGAGCUGUACCGUUUCUCUCUAGAAGGAAUCUCCAGCAUACUGUUUGAGACUCGUAUUGGCUGUCUUGAGAAUGAGAUUCCAGCAGAGACUCAAAACUUCAUCAACUCCAUUGCCCAGAUGUUCACUUAUACUAUGACUAUGAUUCUGUUACCCAAGUGGACUCGUAAUUAUUUGCCAUUCUGGCGGCGUUACAUAAGUAGUUGGGAUGGAAUCUUCAGAUUCGGCUGCAAGCUAAUUGACAGGAAGAUGGAGGAAAUUCAGAUGCACCUGGAUGCAGGUCAGGAUGUUUCAGGACAGUAUCUCAGCUACUUGCUUUCCAGCACCAACAUGAGCAAAAAGGAUGUUUACGGGAGCGUUACUGAGCUGCUCCUGGGAGGAGUGGACACAACAUCCAACACUAUGAUGUGGGCCUUGUACCUGCUGUCACAAGAUCCAAAGGCACAGGACACACUGUAUCAGGAAGUUAACAGCAUCAUCAAGGGGGACAAAAUUCCAACAGCUGAGGACAUAAACAGCAUGCCCUACCUCAAGGCUGUCAUCAAAGAGACUCUAAGAAUGUACCCAGUUGUUCCCAUUAACACACGACUUUUAUCAGAAAAUGACGUGAUUAUUGGAGGACACUUCUUCCCUAAGAAGACCAUGUUUACAAUGAAUCAGUAUGCAAUCACUCAUGAUGAGACAAUAUUUCCUGAACCAAGAGUCUUCAAGCCUGAACGUUGGUUACGGGAUGGGAGAGAGCGACCUAGCCCAUUUGGAUCCAUUCCAUUUGGGUUUGGAGUGAGAGGGUGCGUUGGUAAACGUAUUGCUGAACUGGAGAUGCACUUGGGUCUGGCAAGGAUAAUAAAGCUGUUUGAAGUCAAGCUGGAUCCCAAUGUGGGAGAGGUCAAAGCUCUCAGUCGUACUGUGCUUGUGGCAGACAGAACAGUCAAUUUUCAUUUUCUGGAGCGGAAACAUGUAACCACUUAAAGCUGCUCUGAGCUUUAAAGUCCAUCAAAGUAAGCCACCAAAGAAAUCCAUACAGCCUCCAUAAAAACUCUUUCUAAAUCCCCUUUCUCCAAAGAGAUACAUGUGCACAGUGCCAUGGUAGCGCAAUGUAGUACCAUGAUCCUGUCAUAGGCAGAUGAAUAGCCAAAUGCACAGAGACUUUUCUGCUACCUGUAAUUAAUUCGAACUCAGUCAUUCUACCAAUCUUUCUGUAAGUACACUCUGUAAUCUGAUUGUUGUGUGUAUGUAUGUAUGAUUUUUUUCUAUUGCACCUUAUGAGAAGUAAUAUAAUAAAGUUCAAUGUAACUCCACCUUACCAGA